GAUUAGUGGCUGAGAAGCAAGACAACUAAGCGAAGCUUUCUCUCUCUGUAAAUGUUGCCCGAACCAGCCGGGCUGAGAGGUGUUAGUCUUCGUAAGCGGUGUGUGUGUGCGCGUGCUUGCUUCGCGAGAUGGCCAAACCGAGCUUUCAGCGUCUGGGAACGUCCAUUGACGUACCGAACGUCCAAGCUCUUGCAGCUUCCAUCGCAAACCCGGCUGACGUCCCUCCUCGAUACGUCAGGCCGGAAGCCAAGGCUGAUCCCGUCGUUAGCGACGGCGACAGCGAACUUCCGGUCAUCGAUUUCUCCAGGCUCCUCCAUCGCCGUUUCUCUCGGGAAGAGUCUGCUAAGCUCCACCAUGCCUGUGCAGACUGGGGCUUCUUCCAGUUGAUAAAUCACGGAGUUCCCGAUCAAGCGAUGGAGAAGAUGAAGGCUGAUAUAGUAGAAUUCUUUAAGCUUCCCUUGGAAGAGAAGAAGGCAUUUGCGCAGUUGCCGAACAGCUUGGAAGGUUACGGCCAAGCCUUCGUCGUGUCUGACGACCAAAAGCUGGACUGGGCGGACAUUCUGACCCUCGUAACUCGACCACUGCAGUCGAGGAACAUCGAUCUCUGGCCCGCUCAACCUCUCACUUUCAGGUUUAUCUCGACUACGUGUGCUGUCAUCUACUCUGCGGUUUAGCUACGUACGUACGUAUAUGACGUCCUUUGCUGCUUCUUCAUGCUGUCAGAGACUCUCUCUCUUGCUACGCCAUGGAGCAAGCCUCAUAGAAAGCCUCAAGCUAUAAAGUCUCUAAUGUUAGAAAGUUCAUAAUGUGUUGAUUGAACUUGAUAAUAUGUUUAGGGAUAAUAUUAUAUAAGUAUCGAAUCUUCGUAAAUUUAAAGUAUAUUGACUUA